GUUCGUUUGGGUUCGCGAGUGCGCUUGUGCUGCCUGAGCAAACUCCUCCCGCUGUUCAUCUACACCAUGUCGCGAAACGUGCCCUUUGAAGAUCCGCUACUGCACCCACCAACGCCGCCCAUCGCCCCAAAGACUGCCAUCGAGACACAGCAGGACCAAGCACAGCAACAGCAGCAUUUGCAUACCCAGCAGGUCGAUGACGGGCCCAUCCCAUUUCAGUCCUCUUCCUCGGCCGACACCUCCGCUGUGUUUUCGCCACCGCCCUUUCCAGCCCAAUCUGCUGCUGCAGUAGCAACUCCACCUUUGGUUGCCAAGGCAACUCCUGAUUUUGUCGAUCCACUCACAGCCGCCGCUUUAGAAGACCAGGACGGCCAUGGCCAUUCAAGGACGUCGAUAGUGACAGAGUCAAGGACAGGAACAGAGCGCAUCGGAUCCAGCUCCACCGUGCUUCAAGCACCCUCGCCAAACAUAAGCAUCCCUGCCAAUAACAACAGCAUGCCGACAGAGUUCCCAACGCACUUGGCUUCUCCACCAAUUCCUCAGAAACCCUUGUCCAUCGGAGACACGACCUUUUCUGCUUUCCAGACCUUUUCGUCCGCGCUUGAGCCUUCAAUGACCUCUGGAACAUCGGUACCCACAAUAGUCUCCGGAUCGGGUGUGCCUCAAGUAGGCGAGGUCCCCAAUCUGCGUCCGGAUAGCAGUCUCAGCGCCCAUUCACAGGAGUCUCCUUUGUCUGCGGGACUAGGCUUCGGUGCCCACGAUGGCCAAGGCCUUGGAAGCGAUACGGCGGCUGGACAGCAACGUCAUCAAAAACAAUGGGCGCAGCAGCAAUCGACGGUGAUAUCCACCCAUCCUUCGCGAUUGGGCUUGCAGGACCACUCCGAUAUGGAGAGGCAAGACCUCAAAAGUCCUGAACAGGAGACUUCGAUCAACCAUCCGUUCCAUGGAACACCAGGCGCCAGUUCGUUCCCAGAUGAACCUCUACACACAGGCACACAAAGCAAUGCUCAAUUGCACAUCAGACCAGUAGCCCAUGGUCGGGAGCAUUCUGUCGGGAUUCGAUCUCCCGUGUUUGCAGUUCCUCAAAGCCCAAUGCGUCAGGAAGGGUUGCCAGUGCUGAACUCACACAGCAUGUUCCAUGAGAUCACCAUGGUAAGCAGAUCGGCCUCUUAAUAGGCUAUGAUUGCAUGUGUAGACCAGGACUCUUAUGAAGAUACUCAUCUGUCUCUACAAAUAGCCGGAUGCGAUGAACGAUUUGAUGAUUAAACAUGUCCCUGCAGAGCAGCGCGUGCUGAGAGACUGGAAUACUUUGACAGAGGCCGAACAGCGA